AUUUCAGGGCUCUGGCCAUGUGUUUGAGUGUUUCUUUGGAUCAGCAGAGCAGAUGCCAAUGAUGCUCAAUUUUUAGAUCCAUUUGAUGCGGCCAUUUGUUUCCUUUUGCAAGAGGGAGUAAAUCUGGCUUCUUCUCCUCUCCUCCCCUCUUUCUUUCCCAAUUCUUCCUCUAUUGAAUCUUGAUUUGAAACCGAACCCUAAUCUCUCUCCAUAUCUCGGCACUGCUUAAUCAUUUGCCUUCCUUAACGCGUUAUUGAUAUCAAUCCCUUCUCCAGCCAUUUCUGGCCUUAAUGUGCUUUGCCACCUUCAAAGAUUGAUCAAGGUCAAGUUCCCUUUCCAUUAUUCAAGAAGUGGGUUUGAGCUAAAAGGUGAAUCUAGUGAGGGAGUGGGAGCUGAGUAAGGGUGAGGAAAUAGGAGGAGAAAGGGCUCUAUAUCGGGGUCCUAAAAGUGCAGGUACCUGAAGGCUAUCACGUCUAUUCGAAGAAUAUAUUAAAUUUUGAAAAGACUUUUUUGGUGGUGGCGACUGAGGGAGUGAAAUCUUGUAAAAGUGAGGUUUGAAAGUCGCCAUUAUUGGUAUAAUUGCGCAAGCUUCAACAUCAUUUGCAUAGUGGUGAUUUGAGGCUCCUUUUUCCUGUCUUUAUCGAAUUGCUUAGUUUAAGCUUUUAUCCAAAUAAUACCUGUCCUGCAGUUCAAGUUAGCUUUUGAAAGAACUGUGUUUCCUUAGGAGACAUAAAUAGUUAUGGUUCUAUAGCUGCAUUGCUACACAGUAUAGAAGAUGGCUUUACAAUCUGAAGAGGAAAUACCUGACGAUUACCUUUUCAAGAUUGUUAUGGUUGGUGAUUCAGCUGUUGGGAAAUCAAAUUUGCUUGCUAGAUUUGCCAGAGAUGAAUUUUAUUCUAACUCAAAAUCAACAAUAGGAGUAGAAUUUCAGACCCAGAAGAUGGAAAUAAAUGGGAAGGAAGUUAAGGCGCAGGUAUGGGAUACAGCAGGUCAGGAACGGUUUAGGGCUGUCACUUCUGCAUAUUACAGGGGUGCAGUUGGAGCUCUUCUGGUCUAUGACGUCAGUAGACGAUUGACUUUUGAGAGCAUUGGGCGAUGGCUUAGUGAGCUUCAGAAUCACUCCGAUAUGAAUAUAGUUACAAUACUAGUUGGCAACAAAUCCGAUCUCCAAGAUGCCCGGGAAGUUACAACUGCUGAAGGCAAAGCCUUGGCCGAAGCUCAGAGUCUAUUUUUUAUAGAAACUUCAGCUCUCAAUUCAUCAAAUGUAACUGCAGCUUUUGAAACGAUUGUUAAGGAAAUCUACACUAUCUUGAGCCGGAAGGUCAUGCAAUCUCAAGAGCUCAAAGGAGACGAUGCUGAACGGUUAUCAGGUGGAAAGCCCGUGGUUUUGGAGGACGAAGAAAAUAAAGAAGCUGCAGAAGGGGAAGAAGCGAAAGCUGGAUGCUGCUAAUCGUGACCCCAUUGUCACCAUAUGUGUGUAAAACCUUCCAAGGUAUAAGAAUCUCCCAUGUUGUAAUCAAGAUUUUUGUUGUCACUCAAACACAUGCAGAAAGUAAUAUAUGAACUGGACUUAGGGGAAAAGAGCCAUUUUGGGUAGUGCAAGGGACUGAGUUUGUUGUUUCUGUAACAUACAGUUUUGUUUUUGAGCCAUUUAUUGCUUUUCUUCUUUUGAUUGCAAAUGGAGGGCUUUCCUGCUUCAUUUCA